AUGGCUUCCAAAACAAGUCACCCCUCAGUAGCCCUUUUCCUAUCACUGAAUCUCGUCUUGUUUGCUCUUGUAAGUGGAACCAAUGAUACUGGAAAUUGCGGAGGACAACAAAUGUGCUCAAUAGAUACUUUGAAACUUGGUGUGUGCGCUAAUAUACUUAAUUUGGUGAAUGUAGUAGUCGGGUCUCCACCAACUUUGCCAUGCUGCAGUUUGAUCCAGAGAUUGUUGGAUUUAGAGGCUUUAGUUUGCUUGAGCCUUGCCAUAAGAGCAAACGUCCUGGGAAUAAUUAAUUUGGAAGUGCCACUAGCUAUCGACCUAAUUCUCAGCGCCUGUGGAAGGAGCCUUCCUACUAACUCCACUCGUUAA